GUAGGCCCCAAAAUCUCCAUGGUAGUUAUACAACAAACAUAUAUAUAUACUCUAAAUUCUAUACUCUUAAAUCUUAUGCCAAAAUUCUUCUCUCUUAUUCUAUUUCUUCAUUACCCUUUUAAUUAAACCCUCUUUUAAAACCAAAAUAAAACCUUCAUCACUACAACAACUUCUACCUGCCCUCAUAAUUUGCCAUUUUUGAAGAUUUUUUUUCCCCUCUUUUCCUUAACAGAAAAUACAUGGCAAAAGCAGCAAAGAGAAAUCAAAAGAGCAAUUCUAAAGAUAAUACUAAAACAACAACUACUAAUACUACUACGAAUGAUUUUGUUAAAAUUUCGAGCACGAAAACUAAGCGAACAAGGAAAAGUUUGCCUAGAGAAUCCCCUUUUCAACGUAGCUCUAAUUAUCGCGGUGUUACAAGGCAUAGGUGGACAGGAAGAUAUGAAGCACAUUUAUGGGAUAAAGAUUGCUGGAAUGAUACACAGAAGAAGAAAGGAAGACAAGUAUAUCUUGGUGCUUAUGAUGAUGAAUCAACAGCUGCGCGAGCUUACGACUUGGCAGCACUAAAAUAUUGGGGCAAAGAUACCAUUUUAAAUUUUUCACUAUCAACUUAUGAGAAUGAAAUGAAGGAGAUGGAUGGUUUGUCAAGAGAAGAAUAUUUAGGAUCACUAAGAAGGAAAAGUAACGGUUUUUCAAGAGGGGUGUCAAAAUAUAGAGGAGUUGCAAGACAUCACCACAAUGGAAGAUGGGAAGCUCGGAUUGGCAGGGUGCUAGGCAAUAAAUAUCUUUAUCUCGGGACAUAUGCUACACAAGAAGAGGCAGCAACAGCCUAUGAUAUUGCAGCAAUUCAAUAUAGGGGACUCAAUGCUGUCACAAACUUUGACCUUAGCCGUUACAUUAAUUUGGACAAACCAAUAAGCCCUAAUAAUAAUAAUGAAGUUAAACCAAGCAAUUCCAAGCUAGUGGAGGAUAGUAGUGGUUCUACUUGUAGUAGCAAUCAAAGCUUGUUAUUAGAAUGCACAUCAUCAAUUGAGCAAAUUACCCAUGAUCAAGUAGAUGAUGCUAUUAGCAUCGACGAACUAUUAUGGAGCAGUCACCAACAACCAACAAUUGAUUGUUCGUCUAUGUUGCUAGGUUUCAAUAACGAAUAUGAUGACUUGUUGCUAUAUAGUGUGACAAAUGAUAAUCUAUAUUCGUGUGUGGAUGGUCAUCAAGGUGGUGGUUCUAUCGAUGAUGUAGGAAACAAUGAAAAAGAUUUCUUCAGUGAUCUUAGCUCGCUUUUAUGUGAUUUUGAUAUUAUGGAGGCCGAACAAAUUGAGAUGUGAAUGCAUUUCUAGCACACAAUGUUACGAUUGAAGGUGAUUGAUACAUGGAUGGGGUUUUAAGAUUUCAACAUUUAUACUAUACACUAUUCAAUUUCUAAAUAGCAUAGGUAGUCACAUUAUUUAUUAUGUUUGGUACAUAUUGAACAAUACUAUAUGUGUGUUUUUUUUUUUUUUUUGAAAAAGGUUGGUUAUUAUUGAUUGCAUUUUUCCCCAUAUAAGGCAAAUUGAAAGGGGACAAUUUUUUUAAUGAGGAAAUGAGCUGAGUAAUUCUUUUUAUUAUUAUUAUUAAAUUGAUUGUCAAUUAUCUCUUAUACACAAACUCUUAAUAACAUCCGGUUUACACUAAAUUAGUGUAAAUCGGGCUGGCUGGGCAACUUCAUCAUCGAGAAAAACACCCACCACCGUCGCCACUCCCUUAGCUUCUCCCAAGAAUUUGGCGUCCUCCUCCGAUUUCGACCUCGCUGACCACCCCAAUCCCCCGAUUCUAGCGCCGCUGACCUCCCCCCAUCCCCCGAUUUGUCGAGUUUGAAGUCCGGGAUUACAACAACUCCGAAUACCUCGACCCCAAUUGCAUAUAUACCUUAUUGUGGGUAUCUAUCAUUUCACCUCAUCUACUUUGAUGGUGGCAAACAUGACGGCGGCGAAUACUCUGUUUUGGGUUAACUUUUGCAUUUUGUGUUUAUUUUUAUU